AUGCAUGUGCAUGAAAUUCUUCAUUAUACAACAAUCUUCGAUCCAUCCGAUCCAUCGGGAAAAGUUACAUUAUGUGUCACUGUCUACACAAAUUCACUAAUCUCAGUGUACAACCGUGUUAAUGUCCUUGUUCAUUAUUUCAUUCCAUUCAUAAGUCAAGUUAUAUCAGACACUAUCCUCAUUAUUCAAACAGCUCACAGUCGUCAGCGUACAACUGGUGGACAACAAACGUUUAUUGAUUUAUUUAAAAAACAGUUCAAAAUACAAAGAGAACACUAUGUUACACCGAUUAUUAUUGUUUUAAGUUCAGUACCACAAGCCAUCCUGUCAUUUACUUAUGCUUGUACGGAAUUGAAACAAACAUGGCAACGUUAUAUCUUACUCUCAACAUACUUCCUAUCCUAUGUACCACAGAUUCUCGGCUUUAUCCUCUAUGUUCUACCGUCGUCAGCAUACAAAACAGAAUUUCAACAAACAUUCAUUGAACGAAGUUUUAAAGUUAUUCUACAAGGUCAAAAAAUCAAAAUUUUCCACCCUGAAUUUGACGUCAAACGGCAGUCAUCAGUGUUACAAUAUCUUUGCCAACAGCUGCAGAUGGACAAAAUCAAAGCAUCAAAUGUUAUUGAUCAAAUAGGUGAUAUCAAUCAAUCGUCCGGUUAUGAUGACAGAGUCGAAGAAAGUGUCAAUAAUUUUGGUACAGUAGUUAGUGAUGUUGAUGGUACUGGGUCUGAAGAAGACGAACCUUCAUUGAAGAUAGGGCUGUGA